ACCCGAUACUGAGAUGGACGGCUCUGUCACCGCACUUGAAGACGGCAACAGACCACGCGACAGCGAGAGUGGAGAAAACGGCCCUAGCCUUGUCGUCAAAUUGGAGGCUAGAGACGAACAAAUAUGGUCCGUGGCUAGUCAGAGCGUCGAUAUCUACGCCAGCAGUCAAUCUUCCGUGCAACAGAGCACGUCUGCAAGCAGCUCGGUGAGAAGUCAUCCUAUUGCCAACCAGGUGUGGGAUCAGCAGUUCUAUUUGGGGAGUCUGGUGGCUUGGAGUAAGAAGUAUCUUGCAUACGCGUUGAAAGGCAGGAGUGGUCCGGUUAUACGUGUGAUUGAUCCCGCCACGUCUAGUCGGAGUCUGUUGAAGGGGAUGAUGGUUGGUUCUGUAGCUGAUCUGGCGUUUGCUGGCACGUCGUGUGAUUGGUUGGCUUGUGUGGACGAAGCGGGAAGUCUUUUCAUCUGGAAAGUUUGUCAACAUGAGGGCAACAUCGAAGGUUGUUUGAAGCUGUUUGUCGUCAGAGACGAUCAACCAGAGAACCUUCUCACUCAGUAUCAUCGUGUACUGUGGUGUCCUCAGUCGUCAUUCACUGACGACGAAAGUGACGAAGACGAAGACGAUCACUUGCCACAUCUAGCUGUAUCCAAUGGCACUCUAGCUGAAGUGUGGGAUAUUGGUCUGACGUCGUCGGCUCAGGUAGGAGAGGAAUCAGUUUCACGUCAGUCGUUACAUCAUGGAGUUAUAGUCAUCAAGGGUGCACACGAAAAGCCAAUUUCUGAUAUGUCGCUGUCCCCGGAUGGUAGUGUGCUCGCAACAGCUAGUCUUGAUGGUCAUGUGAAAUUCUGGAGUGUUCAAAAUGCGAGUGUCAACCCACAAUGUCUACAUGACUGGGAACCUCAUGGGGGCCGACCUGUUUCUCGUAUCCUGUUUUGUGAUAAUCACAUUGACGAAGGCAGCAAGUUUGCACCUGCCUGGAGGUUUUUAUUGACGGGAGCUGAAAUGAACAGGGAGCUUAAGAUGUGGUGCACAGUUACAUGGAAAUGCUUACAGACUAUUAGAUUUCAUCCACAUGAUGGUGAUACUGUUGACAGUCAACGUAACCCUGUACCUUGUCUGCAAGUGUUCUUUGACUUAUCUGCUUCUUAUCUUGUUCUUUCUGACAUCAAACGGACAGUUGCAUACGUCAUGAAUGUCGAGCAAGAUAUCAAAUCUGGAUCUGCUCUCAUGACGUCAUUGUCUGAGUUUAUUCUUACUCAGCCGUUGCUUAGUUUUACUGUUGCUUGUGUUGAGAAAAAGCAGCAGGCUUUAGAUGAUGAUGACGGCAUUCUUUCUGGUGAUAUUGUAAUGCCUGCAUCUAGUGCAUGUGCUGAUGGUGUUGGUGUCACAAGAGUUCUUCUCAAGAUGUAUUGUAUUCAUACGAGAUCUAUACAGGAACAUACACUGCGGUUCCCUCUUUCUCAAACUAUGAACGCAAGCUCAGUAGAGGAAAGGCAAGUCAUUCAGCAGUCAGAAGAAGUAGAGCAUUCUCAAGAUCCUAGCAUGGAUGGAUUACCCAAUGUGGAGACUGAUGAUCGCAAUCAGUCUGCAGUUGACUUGUCAGUAUCACUAAAUGAAGAACCAAUCAAACUGAUACCACCAGGAGAAUUUUCUUCGUUAAGUCCUACAGUACCUGCAGCCAAUGUACCACAGAAAUUUGAAAAGAGUGGCUUGGGAAGUCGUACUUCUAGCACAUUCAGCAGUGUUAGCAACUUGUCAUUGGACGAUGACAUACCCAAGACAUCAGCUACUGCACUUUCAUCUCUUUCAUCACUCAAUUCGGUGCCGCAACGUAGUCACGCAUAUUCACCACAGAUUUCUUCGAUUAUGAGUUUGAAUCCAUUUGGUAGUGCUGGUUUUGGUCAACAACGUUCAGUCUUGCAGCCAGCGUCAUUUAGGUUUUUUCAUCCAAACAUGUCUGCAUCAGUGCCACCACGGGAAAUAGUCACUGAGGUUGAUGAUGGAUUGGAUGAUGGGUUGGAUGUUGAAACUGAAAAUGGGAGCUUUGACAUGGGCAAUAAGAAUGAAGAAGACGAAGAGUCACUGUCUGACGUAAAAUCAAGUCCAGUUACUGUGUCUCUAAGCAGUAGCUCUCGUUCUGAAUUGCAAGUGAAAGAAAGUGAAGAAUGUGCAGAGGAUAAACAAGAAACUAGACUUGAAGAAACAGAACCAUUGCCUAUUUUUCCAUCACCACCUGGACACGAGCAAUUGCACAGAUUAUUUGUGGAGUCAGAAAAGAAAGUUGAUAGAAUGCCUGAGGUAGAAGGAGAACUUGACGAACAGCCCAAACAAGCUCCAUUGACGGCAACCUUGGAAUCGGCUACUUCAGCAUUGGAUACAAGCAGCUCAAUACAGGAUAACUCUAACAUACCACUUGAGAAUCUUCUUAGAGAUAGUGCCUCAGCAGAUAUCGUGGAUGACACCAUGGCACAAGCCAGCAAAACCGGUGUUGCUGACUUGAUUACUGAAGGAGUGACCGGUAGUGAUGACGAGCCCACAACCAGACCAGAGGUCAGAGACACGACUACCCUAAAAGAAUUAGAGAUUGUGUUUGCCACGUCGUCUCAAAGUGUGGCAAGUGUUGUAAACGAACAGUCAGAAGGAGCCGCUAGUCAACAGAUAGUGAGGCAUUUGUCAAGUGUGCCAAAUGAACAAUCAGAGAUGGAAGCCGAACACCUUCACAUCUUGUCAUCUCGUUCAGUUGCACACGGAGACGGACGCAUAAAGGAACUACUGGAAGAACUCCUUCGUUGUGUCACUGCUAGUCAAACAGAUGCUGCUCAUCUGUCGCAACUUCUAUAUGAACAAAGACAGGAACAGCAGUCAGCUCUCGCUGAUAUCCAGCGAAAAGUCAGCGAAGUUGAAACAAGUCUUGGUGACAGAGUGGAUAGUCUUCUAGCAGCAUACAGUGCCAAACAGGAAAUGAAGAUUGAUGCUAGUUUUCAAGAUCGUCAGUUGACCGACAAGCAACGUCAGGAACGACUCCAAGCAACAGUGCAGCAGUCGGUCACUAGCGCUCUUCAGGGUCGCGUUGAUCGAGCAGUCAAGAUGGAAAUAAAGAACACGGUCAUUCCAUCGAUUAAUAAGAUUUUUAGUCCAGUACAAGAACAGAUUAACCAGACACUUGCACAGAAAUUGACAGUCGCCGAUCAAUUGCUUCGUGAUAACAUUGCAAAGAUGACGAAAAGCAAGCCUGUUAUUGAUGCUAUCAGUCAGUCCGUUGGUUCCAUCCUCCAAACUACUUUGCCAGCGGCAUUUCAGCAGACGUUUCAGUCUGCUGUCGUGCCGUCAUUUGAAGCCGCUUGUCAGACGAUGUGUAAGCAGAUGAACGAUACAUUUCAGAAAGGCACAGAAGAAUAUGUCAGGCACUUUCAGCAGUGUGUCAACGAUCAGAAAAGUCAGCUGCAGGCGGCAGUCGAGCAGGUACCACGAGGAGUUCAACCACUCAUAGACACGUGUCAGCGUUUGAAAGAUGAUGUCGUGCCUGCAAUGAGUGCCUCUGUUCGUGAGGCAGUCGAACAGCAUAUGGCUGCUAGGAUGGAAAGGAUGCAGCUUGACAUCAUCGAGAAUGUUAAGAGAGCUAUACAAGAUGGAAUUGCCGAAAGUAUGCCUCUCAGCUCUGAUGUGAGAACUGACAUGCCGAGUGCAAUGAUUGGUAAAGAACAAGUCAAGGCAAACCUGUUGCAACUUGUGGCCGAUUCAAAAAUAGCAGAAGCAUUCCAGGAUGCUUUGACUUCGAACGAUCUGGACUUGGUUGUAUUGGUUUGCGAGGCAGUCAACCCCGAGAGUCUCUUUUCUGAACAACGGUGCCCACUCAGUCAACCGAUCUUACUUUCUCUCAUUCAACAGUUGUGUUGUGAUCUCAAAGGACAUCUGGGCUUGAAGCAUAAAUAUAUUGAGAGUGCAUUGUUGGCUCUGGAUACAACAGAUGAGGUAACUUCCGAACAUCUUCCCAGCGUCGUUUCAUUGCUGAUUCAACAACUGAAGGGAACGAUUGGCAGUCUACAAGCAAACGAACCAUCAAACUCACUUCUUAAACCUUUAAAAAUGUUGCAAAUGGCAGCUCAGUCAUUUCUUCAAUAGGCAUGAUUGCAACAUGCACAAUCGUUUUUGUGGCAUUACUUGGCUUUAGUACUUUUGUGAUGGUUACAUCAACAGUAUCAGGUGCGUUAAGGGAAGCUUUAUCCAAUUGCAGAAGGUUUGUUAUUUCUGCUGGAGUAAGUUGCCAGUGUUUGAGGAAAACAUUAAUACAAUGAACUGAUUGGUGCUAUUUCACA